GCAGAGGCAUUCGGCCAGGGAAAGCAAACGGAGCGGCAGCAUGUCGGAGCGGCCGUUAUCAGUAGAGGAGAUGUUGGAGUGGCUGCGCAGGGAGGCGGAGGUGCGGGGGCCUGGCUGGUUGCAGGAGCAGGUGGGUGCGUGCGUCAUUGCCCCUGCUUCUGCAGCUACCCCCACUGUGAGGGCUGUCCGGCCGCGGCGGGGUGUCCCACCGGCGCGCCUUAGUCCUGACUGCACCCCCAGGGUCCGGCGCCGAGUGGGGAGCCCCUCCAGGGACCCUCCGCGGCGGAGAGGGUCUGCUCAGCCUUCAGCAGGGCGCUCUCGUCGCGGGAGGAAUCCCGGUACACGGCGGGGCCCGGAGCGGAGUGGGACGCCCCUUCCCCCACUCUCACCUGCUAGUCCUGAGGAUGCGGGACCAGGAACGGUGGACCGGCCCAGUCCAGGUCCCAGCGGGCGGUCUACUCAGCGGGGUGAGGAGAUCCAUGUGCGGCGGGUUGCGCAGUCGGAGCAGGAAGAGCUGUGCAGGCCCAGUGCAGGAGCGGGAGCGGCGGCAGAGGACCGGAGGCCAGUCAGCAUCAUCCAGCGGGCAGUUCGAGACGUCCGGGAGGAGUCGCCUUCUACGUCCAGGAGGAGUGCCGAAGUAGAGGAUGUGCGGCGGGAGUCAGGAUCUGCGGCAGCGGGAAUCACAGCGCCCGUGGUGCCUGUGGGACCGGUUCCGGCUUCUUGUUCCAGAAGCGGAGUUGGAGGGUCUGGAGUGUCCGUCGUGGCUGUGGGGGAUCUUGGAGGAGAGGUGAUGGGGUUGCUUAGGGAUUCGCUGAGCCCUGGUUUUCCGGUGGCCUUGGUCUGGAUUUUAGGACAUUCCUAUGUGUUCUGGGGGGCGAUUAGAGCCGAUGUUAGGCCGAAUGGCCGCCAGCUGGGGCUGAGCUCGGCGGUGGCUACGGUCAGGUGGUUAGGGGUUAGAGGAAUGUUGUGGGGUGGGGUUUUGCGGGAGGUGCAGCGUUUUUCACGGUUGGACAGGCCUCCGGAUGUGUUGGUGCUUCAUGUGGGGGGCAACGAUUUAGGGAGGCGGCCGUUUAGGGAGUUGGUGCGAGAUGUGAAGUUCGACCUGCUGAGGAUUUGGGCGUUAUUUCCGGGUGUUGUUACGGUGUGGUCUGACAUAGUGCCGCGUAAGUCGUGGAGGGAGGCCAGGUCGGUCGAGAGCAUUAAUAAAGCCCGGAUCAAGGUGAAUAGGGCGGUGGGCAGGUUUAUGGCGCGGAAUGGGGCUGUGGCGGUACGUCAUGAGGAGUUGGAAAAAGGAGUCGGUGCAUUUUGGAGGGCGGAUGGAGUGCAUUUGAAUGCAGGUAGGGACUGA